AUGAACAUACUGAACAGCCACCACUUCUUGUACUUUCUGCCUACCACAUGCCUUGCCAUCUUAGUAGCAGCUUUGACGACUGCUGAGGAUGUGACUAAUAGCACUUUCAACCGCACUGAGAUAAAGGUGGGAUCUGUGCCUGUGGUGAUCUCCCGCAUCGACCACAUUAUAGUCAAGGAGGGGAGUAGUGCCUUGAUCGACUGCAAUGUCCAAGGUAGUCCUAGUCCACAUUACAGGUGGUACAACUCCAACGGCCGCCUGCUCCAAGAGGGGGAGAAUAAAGGAAAAUGGUGGUUUCUUGACAACGGGCUACUAAACAUUACCAGCGUGUCUUUUGAAGACAGAGGUAAAUACACGUGUGUCGCAUCUAAUAUGUACGGCAGCGUUAACAAUACGGUGACGCUGAGGGUUGUUUUUACCUCUGGAGAUAUGGGAAUCUAUUACAUGAUUGUCUGCCUUGUAGCUUUUACCAUUGUUAUGAUACUGAACAUUACUCGGUUAUGUAUGAUGAGCAGUCAUCUGAAGAAAACUGAGAAAGCAAUCAAUGAAUUCUUCAGAACAGAAGGGGCAGAGAAACUCCAGAAAGCCUUUGAGAUUGCAAAGCGUAUCCCAAUUAUCACUUCAGCCAAAACGCUCGAGCUUGCCAAAGUAACUCAGUUCAAGACCAUGGAAUUUGCUCGCUAUAUUGAAGAGCUUGCUCGGAGCGUACCUUUGCCACCUCUCAUCAUGAACUGCAGGACUAUAAUGGAAGAAAUUAUGGAGGUUGUCGGUCUGGAGGAGCAAGGACAGAAUUUUGUACGGCAGACGGCAGAAGGCCAGGAAACCACUGAAACAGAUGAGCUGUAUAUGAUCCCGAACGCUUUGAAACGCAGUGACUCUCCCACGGCUGAUUCCGACGCCUCGUCACUGCACGAGCCACCUCAACAGAUUGCAAUAAAAGUGUCAGUUCACCCCUUGUCUAAAAAGGACUGCAUGGAUGGGCAGUCGCAAGAAAGCAUGCAGCUGGACACCAAGGAAGAAGACACUCCUCAAACACCAGCACUUCCUCCUGCGGAGCCCCCUCCUGAGCCUUCUGCUGAACUCAGUUCUGAUGACACAGCAUUGGCAAAUGACAAAAAUACAUGCGUGAUCUAUGAAAGCCAUGUAUGA